AUGCUACAGUGGUCCAAAAGUUUUUUUGUGAAUCAUAUUUUUUUUAUUUUUAUAUUUUUUAAUUUUCUAAAUAAAAUAAAAUGCACUUUAAAUUUUGGAAAUGAAGGUGAUAAAUGUAAUACUAAUGAUAUUUCAUCAUAUGCUGUACCAAAUUCACCACAUCAUUUUAUUUUUUGUAAUCCAUUAACUGGAAGAUAUACAAAAGAUCAAUGUGCUCUUGAGGAUGGUAUUAGACUAGUAUUUAGUCCAAAACACUAUAAAUGUAUUCAUCCAUUUUCAAUAGAAAAAAAACUACCACCUUUACAAAAUACUUUAAUGUAUCCAAUGAUAACAUUAAGUAGAUGUAACUUACAACAUCAUUGUCCAAAUGAAAAAUGGUAUUGUUCAAGUAAUGGUUAUUGUAAUUGUAAAAAAAAUUAUGUUCAAAUAGAAUCUGAAUGUUGGGAAAAAAUACCACUUAAUUCUGAAAAGAAAUGUUAUUUUGAUAAACAAUGUUCUUCUAUAUGGCCAACUGCAAGAUGUUUUGGUAAUAAAUGUAUUUGUACAUCACCACAAGUUAUGGUUGAAACAUCACAUGGUUUAGUUUGUACUGUUCCAGGAGAAUGUCCAUUAGGAUAUAAAUCAAAAAAACUACUUGAUUCAUCAAAUUGUUCUUAUAAAGGUGGAUGUAGUGAUAAAACAUAUUUAGGUCAUUUAUAUGAUUGUAUAGUAAAUGAUAACAUGAAUCCUAUAUGUUGCCCUAAUAAAGUACUUACCUGUAUGCAACCCGUUAUGUCUGGAAAUGGACAUGGAAAAUAUUUAAGAUAUUAUUAUAAUUCAGAAUUAAGUUUAUGUAUGAGCUUUGUUUAUAAAGGUGGUGAUAUGGUUAAUUCUAAUGUUUUUUAUACAAAAACUGAUUGUGAAACAUAUUGUCAAAACAGUUGUCCACGUGGUUUUGAAGAAAUAACAUCUGAUGGAAUGCCAAAAUUAUGUAAUAGUAAUUCAGAAUGUUCACCAAAAUAUUCAUGUCAUAAAAAUGAAAUAAAUGAUUAUGGAAUAUGUUGUCCAUCUAUUUCAUAUAUAUGUUCAGCAUACGGUGGAAGAGAAUAUAAUAAUAUAAGAGAAAAAAUUGAUGAAUUUGAUGUUGGUGGUAUUCCAACAUAUGAAAGUAAUACAUUUUAUCCUGCUUUUCGUUAUUAUUAUUCACCUACUGAAAAAAGAUGUAAAUCAUUUUUAUAUCAAGGUGAAGGUGGUAAUUUAAAUCAAUUCAUGACAUUAGAUCAUUGUCAACAUUUCUGUUCACCAUUAAUUUGUGAUGGUGAUUAUGCUUUGACACAAAAUAGUAAAAUUGUUACUUGUAGUAUAGAAAAUAAUUGUAAACAUGGAUAUACAUGUAAAAAUAAAAUAUGUUGCCCAUCAAAAAAAAGAAUGUGUAAAAAUUCAAAUUAUGAAGUAUUAAUGGAAAAAGAAAAGAAGUAUGGAAAUAAUUAUCCUGUUCAAUGUCUUAAUGAUGAUGAUUGUCCAAGUUCAUAUGGAUGUCAUACAACGAAUAAUAUUGGAAAAAAUAAUAAUUAUGGAUAUUGUUGUAGAGAGAUUUAUUAUAAUAAAACAAAAAAUAAUAAUUAUGUUACAAAUAAUAAUAUUGAAAGAUCAAAAUUUUUAAAAUUACCUCAUUCAAGAGAAAAUUAUAAAUUUACAACUAAAAGACCAGAUAAUAUAAUAACAGAAAAUAUAACAAAAGAUUAUCCAACAUUAAUAUCAACAGUAACUAAAAUUCCUAUAACAAAUGAAAAAAUUAUUUCAACUAUUACAUCACCAAAACAUGAAAAUAUUAUAUGUCCAGCAAAUCGUAUACCAUUAUUAGAUAAAGAUGGUAAAGCCGUUUUAUGUACAAUUGAAGAUGAUUUAAAUUCUAUCAAAACACAUCAAUCAUGUGGUGGUAGUAAAUUACAUUCUUGUGCAUUUAGAAAUGUUAAUAGUGAUAUAGGAUUAUGUUGUACUAAUAUAAAUUAUAGUGAUCAUCGUUGUCCUAGUGGUAUGCAUCCAUAUCUUCCAUCAUCAUUAUUAGAAGAAACAAAUGAAUAUUCAUUAACACCAUAUCGUUGUUCACCAUUAAUUGAAAAUUUUUGUUCAUUAAUUAAAAAAAAUGAUACAAAAAAUGAUGAAACAAAUAAAGCUGUAUGUAUAUUUGAUGAAAUAUAUGGUAAUUAUCAUUGUUGUGAAUCAUUUGAUAAUGUACCACAAAUUGUUUCUGAAACAACUCAUACAACAAAAAAAGGAUACUCAUUUAAUAAUUGGUCAAAAAAUAAUAUUUUAGAAAAAAUUAAUAAUGUAGAGACACAGGUAAUUAUUAAAAAUGUAUCAUCAACAGAAAAUAUUUUUGAAAAUGUAACAGAAAUAACAAAAUUGUCAAUAGAAAUUAAAACAUCAACAGAAAAAAUAAAAAUUAUUGAAGAAAAUGAAGAUGGUUGUAAAUUAAUGGAAAGAACUUUUUUGGAUAUUUUAAAUAAAAAUAAUAUAUUAUUUUGUAAUCCAGAUAUAAUAAAUACAUGUCCACCAGGUUUUAAAUGCUACAAAUCAGUAUCAAAAAAACGUCAUCAAUGUUGUGGUGUAAUAUCAGUUUGUCCAAAUAAUUCAGGUGCACUUAUAUCACCAGUUACCAAUUUACCUGUUAUGUGUAGUAAAACAGAAGGUUGCCCAAAUAAUUUCUUUUGUUAUGAAAAAAAUAAAAAUUCAUCAAAUAAUUAUAUAUUUAAUAGUAUAAAAAAAAAGAAAAUAAAUAAUGGUACAUGUUGUAGUGAGGAUCCAAUUAUAUCACUUUGUGAUCAUGGUAUUGGAUUAAGAAAUAAUGAUGGUAAAGCAAUAUUAUGUAAUAAUAAUAAUUGUCCUAAAGGAUAUUUUUGUCAAGAAAGAUUUAAUAUAUCAUUAUGUUGUCCAGCACCAGAACAUAUCUGUUCAUUACCAUUAGUUAAAGGAUUACUAUGUGAAAUAGCACCACCAAGUCAACAAUAUUAUUAUAAUAUUGAAACUAAAACUUGUAAAAAAUUUACAUAUACUGGAUGUUCUGGAAAUGAUAAUAAAUUUGAAAAUAAAGAUGAAUGUAUGAAAAAAUGUAGUUUAUUUGAAACUUGUAACAUUGGUUAUCCAUUAAUUGAUUUAACUGGUGAAAUAAAAUCAUGUUCUGAUAGUAAUCCAUGUUUAUCAGGUUAUAAUUGUAUAAAAACAACUAAAAGAAAUUAUUGUUGUCCAAGAGAAGAUAUGAUAUGUAGUUUACCAGUUGAUCAUGGUGAAAAUUGUGAUGGUUCAAAAGAUUUUGAAAAUACUAAUGAACCAAUAUUAAUGUGGUAUUAUAAUAUUUUAGAAAUGAGUUGUUUACCAUUUGAAUAUAGAGGAUGUGGUGGUAAUUUUAAUAAAUUUAUAUCACAAGAACAAUGUAUUAAAAGUUGUCUUGUUAAUUUAUGUCCUGCUGGACUUCCACAAAUUGAAAAUGGUCAAUUAUUAUAUUGUAAUAAUAGUACAAGUUGUGAUGAUAAUCAUAUAUGUAUAAGUACUACUUUUGGAAAUGUUAAUGAGAAUGUCUGUUGUCCUAAACCAGAAAAUUAUUGUUUAUUUAAAGAAUCUAAUAUAAAUGAUCUUAUUAAUCCACAACAUAGAUAUAAAUUUGAUGAAACAAUAGAUAAAUGUGUUAAUGUUAUUAUUAAUAAUACUUUAGAACUACAAAAAACAUUUAUAAGUAAAGAAAAAUGUGAUAAUUUUUGUAUUUCUGAUGAAGAAAUGUGUCCCAAAGAUAGUACACCAUAUCGUGAUACAACAACAUAUUUACCUAUUUCAUGUAGUAAAUAUCAAAAUACAUGUCCAAAUGGAUAUACAUGUAAUUUAGAUAAAAAAAUAGAUUUAUAUACUAAUAAUAGUAUUGGAUUUUGUUGUUCUGAAUCUAUUUUAUGCCCUAAUGGUAAUAAACCACUUUUAAAAAAAGAAAAUAAAAAUGUUUUAAGAAAUAAUAUUUUGACGUGUUCAAAUAAUAUUAAUUUUAAUGAUGAUUGCCCAACUAAUUAUUUAUGUUUAAAAUUAAGUAAUGGUAUAUAUGGAUGUUGUGAAGAAAAUGAAUUAUCUGAACCAUGUAUUUAUCCAUCACGACCACUUAUUCAAUCAAAUUUAAAUGGUGAUGUUACAGUAACAUGUAAUGAAAAAUAUGGUCAAAAUAGUUGUCCAUUUGGUUAUAUAUGUAAACAUAAUCCAUAUUUUGAUGAACAUUUUUGUUGUUCAGAUAUUAGUCAAGUUGAUACCUCUAAAAAUAAUAAUGCUAUAAAAGAAAAUAUUAUUAAAAAAUAUAAUAAACCAUAUUUUGAACCAAAAUAUACAGGAAAAAGUAAUAAACUUCAAGUUUUUACAAAUGGAAUAUUGGGUUUUUCUUCUGAAGAUAAAAAUAUUGAAAUUGAUAAAAAUUAUUUAAAAAAAUCAAUAAUAGGUAAUUGUAAAGAUGGUUCAAGUCCAUUAAUUGAAGAUGAUAAUGUUAGAAUAUGUAAUCCAUAUAUAUUUUUAUCAUGUCCAUUACAGUAUCAAUGUGAAUAUAAUGAUGAAAUGGGAAGAUAUCAAUGUUGUGAAAAAUUUAUAAAAAAUAUUGAUUCAUUAAAUCUUUUUAAUAAUAUGUUGAAUAUGGAUGAAAUGUCAUAUUGUCCUUUAGGAAUGAAAUUAGUAACAAAAGUUAAUACAAAUGAACCAUUAAUAUGCACAACAACAUCACAAAAUACAUGUCCAUCUAAUUCUAAAUGUCUUUAUAGUAAUUAUUAUUGGCAAUAUGUUUGUUGUACAACUACUGAAAUAACAACAUUCAAUUCUCCAGAAGAAUUUGAAAAACAGGCUAAAUUGUUUUUACUUAAAUCAUUUCAACCAGGGGAAGUUGGUUGUCAACGUGAUACUCAAUGUCAAAGUAUAUAUUCUAAUGCUAAAUGUUAUGAUUGGAUAUGUUAUUGUCCAAAAGGUCAAUAUAUAUAUGAAAAAAAAUGUGUUUAUCAAUGUCCUGAAGGAUAUGAAGAUAGGGAUGGUUUUUGCGCAAAAAUUUACAAUUCAACUUCAUUCCCUUCAACAGUCACAUAA